UUCUCAAGUCACAUGUGAAUAUGCCCACUGGAAUCUUUUUGAAAGAAAGAAUUCAGGCUGGUCUUUGAGUCAUCUCUGGAAGGUUGUGGUUCUAGUCCUCCGUGGAGACAGAGCAGAGUGAUUGAUUCCCUAGAACACAAAAGCUGAGAUGACACCAAUGAAGAAGGCUGUUGUCCUUGCAAUCUAUACCUUCUCCUUCCUGACGGGCUUGCCUUCCAAUCUCCUGGCUGGCUACGCAUUCCUGAAGAAAGUGAGGCAGAAGCCAGUGCCCAUCGACAUCUUCUUGUUCAACUUGACCAUCUCUGACCUUUUCCUGCUGUUCUUCUUGCCCUUCAAAAUGGUGGAGGUUGCCAGUGACAUGACUUGGCCUCUUCCUGGCUUCCUUUGCCCACUCACCAACUUCUUCUUCUACAGCAGCAUCUACCUCAGUACCCUUUUCCUCAUGGCAGUCAGUGUGGAACGCUAUCUCUGUGUUGCCCAUCCGGUCAAGCACAAGCUGAAUCGCAAGCCAACCUCUGCAAUAGCAGCCAGCAUCUUCUUCUGGUUCCUGGCCUGCUCCCACUGUGCCAGCAUUGUCUAUGCUGUCGAAUACCACAACAGGACCCCGUCAGACCUUAACAUCACCACAUGUUAUUACAGCUUCUCCCCAGAGCAGCUCCGCAUCCUUCUCCCUUUCCGGCUGGAGCUCUGCCUCCUCCUCUUCUGCCUGCCUCUCGCCAUCACCCUUUUCUGCUAUGUCAACGUGAUCCGCAUCUUGACCACCAUGCCCAACAUCCCUCCCCACAAAAAGAAACGGGCAGUGUGCCUGGCGGUGGCCACGUUGCUCAAUUUCUCCAUUGCUUUUGCACCAUACAACAUCUCCCACAUUGUGGGCUUCAUUAAUAAGGAGAGUCCUUCCUGGAGAGUGGAGACUUUCUUCCUCACCUCCCUGAACACCACCUUGGACCCUGUCAUCUUCUUCUUCUCCUCCCACACCAUCCGACGAACCUUUGGCAGCUGCUGGUUUGGCAUGUGUAGCAAGAUACAGGCUGUUGUGUCUCCCUGCUGUUUGUGUUGCUGCAAGACUCCUGAAGGCAAAAAAGCAGGAGCUGGACAUGUAACUGCUUCAGAUCUCCCCAGUGGAUUGGCAGGGGCUCCCACCCCUACUCCUUUUACGACUCAGCAAAGAUCUGGGUCAUCAGAUGAUUGAGCAGUCUGGAGAAAGCACCCGACACAGAGAAGCAAA